GCGAGCGGCGCGGGACGCCGGGGCUCUGCUCUUGCAGGAACAAACACGCUCUGGAAUUUGGUUUCUGCCCUCGCAAAGCAGCUCCCUUCCCGCCCCGUGGGGCCAGCAAAUGCUCCAGGGGGGGAAAAAACAAGGUUCUUUUACAGAAAGAAAAUCGGCAGAGGGAGAAAUGCAAGCACUCACAGUCUGCAGCGUCCGGCACACGCUCCCAGCAAAUUCAGAGGGACCAGACUUCGCCGCCGAGAUUCGCAGCCAAGAAUAAGGCAGAAAGUUCUACGACGGCUCCAUCAAACCGUGGUGAGGGUUGGGAGGGGGGAAAAAAUGGAAGCGAGCAAGCUUUGGGAUGACCUCAUCUGCCACAAAUGAUAGAGGUUUUGACUUUGGAAGGCUGGCGAUGCGAUUACAAAUAGCGCUCGGACGAGAAGAGUGACCUGCUGGAGAUGUGCUCCCCUGCUACAGCUGGCCUUUCUUCCCUGAAGCUUUACCCUCCCACCAACUGAUCAGAGCACACGGUUCAAAUACUGCUGCAAGUUCUUCCAGAAUUUAAAAAAAAAAAAAAAAGUUGCAAUAAAAAUACCAGAGAAACCUCCAAAUCACGGGAAUUUUAAACAUACCAUUAUAAUGGUAAGCUCUAACUGUUCCACUGAUGACUCCUUUAAAUAUACUUUGUACGGGUGUAUCUUUAGCAUGGUGUUUGUCCUCGGCCUCAUAGCAAACUGCGUGGCUAUCUACAUUUUCACUUGCACAUUAAAACUGCGAAAUGAAACCACGACUUACAUGCUUAAUUUAGCAAUAUCGGAUCUGCUUUUCGUGUUUACGUUGCCCUUCAGGAUUUAUUACUUCGUAGCAAGGAACUGGCCGUUUGGAGACAUCCUUUGCAAGAUUUCCGUCACCCUCUUUUAUACCAAUAUGUACGGGAGCAUUUUGUUUCUGACUUGCAUCAGCGUGGAUCGCUUUUUAGCCAUAGUGCACCCCUUUCGGUCUAAGGCUCUCCGAACAAAAAGGAACGCCAAAAUCGUCUGCGUGGCAGUAUGGAUAACCGUGUUAGCAGGCAGCACCCCAGCAAGCUUCUUCCGAUCUACAAACCCCCAUAAUGAUACCAAACACAACUCGUGCUUUGAAAACUUUUCGGAGGACACGUGGAAAACCUACCUAUCCCGGAUCGUUAUCUUCAUCGAAACCGUUGGGUUUUUUAUUCCACUCAUCUUGAACGUGACCUGCUCCACUAUGGUCUUGCGGACUCUGAACAAACCCUUUACUUUAAGUCGGAAUAAAUUAAGCAAGAAAAAGGUGCUCAAAAUGAUUUUUGUCCAUUUGGUGAUAUUCUGCUCUUGCUUUGUGCCUUAUAACGUUACCUUAAUACUUUACUCCCUCAUGAGAACACAGACCUGGAUUAAUUGUUCAGUGGUAACUGCAGUCAGGACUAUGUACCCCAUCACCCUGUGCAUCGCCGUUUCAAACUGCUGCUUUGACCCCAUAGUCUAUUACUUUACAUCGGAUACAAUUCAAAAUUCAAUAAAAAAGAGCCGGUCCACGAAAACACGGGACAUCAGAUUCUCCGAAAGGCCAGUUUCAGAAAACUUCAUUCAACACAGCCUUCAGACCAUAAAAACGAAAAUAUCUGACAGUGACUCUACAAUAUAAACUGUAUUAAAAUACUACUGGGACUGAACUGGAAUCAGAAGCCUGCACAUUUCUUCAGCUGUGGAAAUAUAUUCUGAUAUAUAAAUAUUAUGCUUCCUUCACAUCAGAAAAGUUUGUGAUAAGACUGUAAAAGCGUUAAGCAUAAUAGGAAAAAAAGUAUUUUACACAGAAAAAGUAUUUUAAGAAUUUAUGUCAAUGCCUGUUCCGACGGGUUGUAUGUUAGCAAAGAACUUUUGGUUUCAGAUUCGGUUAACCAAAGUCCAAAGACUGUCUGUUCAGUCAAAAAACGAAUAAGAAGUUGGUGGUUUUUUUCUGAAGUUAAAACAUUUGCUCAUUUUUUAUAAUGAUACAGGUUUCCAAGUUAUGGAUGGGGGUGAAACUACCUGGUUUACACUGCAGGAUCUAGUUUGAGGCAAACAGCGUCAUAUUCAUUAUGUCACUUUAGUUACUGUGUCUGCUCUGGAGUUUCCUCGUCUCUUCCUAUCCUCC